AUGUCUUCUAAUACGCAGCAAUCCAAAAAAACGAAAAAGACGACUACAAAAAAGUCUGUUCAACAAACCGCUGGGACAGCAGCAAGCACAAGACAACAGGAAAUUCUUCCCAGCUUGACAGUUAGCGCAGAGCUAGAUGGUACUGUCCUGUCCACUUUGUCCACCAUGAGCACCCGACUGAAUGAAUCUCAUUCACUUCUGGAGAAGGUCUACCACAACAUGGGAGCAACCAAUGGCCAGAAUAACAAUUCGAACCAUAGUCCCAUCGCAGUUCUGGCAACAAUGCCAUUGACAGUCAAUGAGGGCGCCUUCUUGACAUCCAACCGUCCCAUUGCUGAUGUAGUGCAGAGCUACACACAUCAGCAAGCUGAAGUAAAGUCUGUUUCAUCUGCAGUUGUGGAAGAGAAAACCCGAAGACAUAUUUCGUAUAUGCUUCAAAGGGCAAAAGCUUUGCCAGAAAAGAUAGCUCAACAAAAUCGGAUUUCUCGACGCCGGUCCAGAAAGAGAAACAUUCUUGCAGACUACAAGGCAAUUCACUUAGCUGACAAGGCAAACCUUGAGUCUAAGUUUGGUGAGACUGUCGUUGACCUUCUGGACUAUGACAUGUUGUCUGAUAUUGAGUCAGAUGAGGAGAAAAAUAAAACUAGAUAUACUCCUAGAAAUAGACAUCCCUUGGUGGAUGAAUACUUUACUGUUUUGAAGAAACAGAGACUUGCUAACAAGGGACCAGACGUCAUUGGCAAUUCUGUCUAUCCAAUUAUUUUGAGAAACACCGAGUUAUCGAAUGAGAAAAAGGCACGUGUUGCUGCUUGGAUUCACACACGCCAACAAUAA